UCUUUAGUGCAUUUUUAUCAUGUAUCGUCUUCAAGAAGGAAAAGUUUUUCCCUAAGGAAUUGUAGCUAAGACCCUCCCUGUAGCAACGGCACGCGUUCUCCAUAGCAACGUGUACAUGCAGGCGGCUCCGCCCAGUGCGUCAAACGUUACUAGGCAGCCGGGCGGCCCAUAACAAAAGCCGGCCAUGGCGGUGACUGUCUUACAACACUGACUCACACACAGAAAUCUUGGACAAUGUCAGACAGUCCAGAUAUAAGGAUCCCGCUAUCCCCCAUGGGAGAUCAUCAGGACUUGAAGCUUGUAGCAGGCAGUCACGCAUCACCCACUUCUGCCGAACCUGAGUCCUACACCCUGGUAUGCAGGUGUGCUACAUCUGUGGGAGACAGUUUGGCUCCCAGUCUAUAAGCCUACACGAGCCCAAGUGUCUGGAGAAGUGGCACAGGGAGAACUACAAGUUACCUGCCAGUCAGCGAAAACGGUCGCCGGUUAAGCCAUUUUCGUUGCCACAUAUAGACGGCCCUCAGACCAGACCCCAGGAAAACAAGGGGACGUCAAAAAAGGAAACUGUUUCACGACUUGAGAGGCCAAAGACUAGAACCCUGGAGAGGCCAAAGACGAGGACGCUGUCCAAGAGACCGCCGAGACCAGGCACUGCUACGUUAGAGAACCCCUCACUUCCUGAUCACCAAAUCAUUGACAUUGACCAAUCCCCACGGACUUCGCAAGGAAUCCCUAUUGUGUCUCCAAGGUUAGAUCUUCCUGAGGUUUCUCCUCGAUCAAGGCAGCAUACCCGGUCUGGUAGUUCAUCGAGCACACCCAUCUCCAGGCCCGAGUCUAAAGGCACUGCAAAUAAUUCAAGGUCUUCUAGUCAAAAGAUUGACAACAACAUGUCCAGCAAAGGCAAGUCAGGAAGUGCGAAGGCAAAGAGAAUAGCCCGCCCAUCCACAGUCACACUACGUGAUGACAGUGAGGGUGGAUCAACCAAACCUAAGGCAAACCUUCCUACAGUCGCACCGAAAAGGCCCACGUUCCGGGUGUGCUACAUCUGUGGGAGAGAGUUCGGGUCCAAAUCGUUAUCAAUCCAUGAACCCCAGUGUAUCGAGAAGUGGAAAGCAGAAAAUGCCAGGCUACCAAAGCACCUGCGCAGGCCCACACCUGUGAAACCACAGGAGGUUGCGGUUACAGGUGGAGGCAGCUACAAUGUGGAUGCAGCUAACGAAGCAGCCUGGCAGAGCUCUCAGGCCAGUCUGGUACCCUGUCCUACAUGCGGGCGUACCUUUCUGCCCGACCGUCUUCAAGUGCACCAGAAGAGCUGUAGACCCAAGGACGGCAGCGGCGCUCACAAGACCACCCCCUCUGCCACUGCCACCUCCUCUCCUCCUAAAGGAGGGGCUGUGCCUAAAUCAUCAUCAUCGUCGACCCCACCUCAGAAGCCCCGGACCGUCGUGUGCUACAUCUGUGGCCGGGAGUUUGGCUCCAAGUCUAUCGACAUCCACGAGCCGCAGUGCCUGAAAAAAUGGCGGCUGGAAAAUAAGCAGCUUCCACGUGACCAGAGACGACCCGAACCCAAGAAGCUUGGAUCGUCGUCAAUGAGUGCAGAGGAAAGGAAUGAAGCAGCGUGGAAGAGCGCCCAAUCUCAGCUGGUGCCCUGUGGGAACUGUGGACGCACUUUCCAGCCUGACAGGCUGGCAGUCCACCAGCGCAGCUGCAAGACCAAGGGAGGAGCAUCAGGUGCUGCAGGUGGCCCUAACUUGUCAAAAACCUAUCCUACUCCAACGAAGUCUAAGACCCCAGUUGUCCGCCGCCCAGCCACCGUGGUGUGCUACAUCUGUGGUCGGGAGUUUGGGACCAAGUCCAUCUCCAUCCAUGAACCGCAGUGCCUGAAGAAAUGGCACAUAGAGAACGAUCAGCUACCCAAGUCCAUGCGACGCCCAGAACCCAAGAAACCAGAAGUUAGACCAAUCACAGGAGGAAAUGCUUCUGGAUCCUAUGAUAUUGAAGCGAUGAACGAGGCUGCGUGGCAGGCGUCCCAGGCUAACCUGGUGCCGUGUCCAAUCUGUGGCCGGACCUUCUUGCCAGACCGACUGGUGGUCCACCAGAGGAGCUGCAAACCCAAGAAGACAGCAGAGUAAGGCUGGACCAUUGGUGUAACAACAUCUAUAGUCAUAUGUAG